AGUGAGCCACACGCCGAGAGCAGGAUCCCGGCGGGAGCGGAGCUGCGGGAGGGAGGGAGGCGGGAGCGGCCGUGAGGGGCUGCCCAGCGGAUCGGCUCCUGCAUUUACCUCAUUCUCUCCCCUUGGGGCUCAAGCAGAUCACCAGGAUCCCCCAGAACCAGGGCAUUCCAUUCACCACGCCUUUCGUGCAGGAAAAGGAAAAAAAUGAAAAUGACAGUACAAAGAUCUCCUGAAUGGAGUGUCUCCUCUGAAGUCAGAACCAUCCUAAUGGCUGGAAAACAGCCUGAGCAGAAACUCUGCAUUCAAAUCCUACAGAUAAGAGAAAGCUUCACCUCUGCAGAAGUUUGGCAGCAAUGGCCCCAGUGGUAUCCUGCAGUCCAGGGAGAAGGAUGCAUUGGAAGUGAAGGAUUGCGGGCAUGAGCAGUGCAGGAGUACCCUCCUUCUGCAGCAGUUAUGUUCCACCGAGCCUGGCAGCUCUGUGGGAAGUGGUGCCGUUGGUCCAGCCCUUUCAUCCAUCUCCUCACCCUGACUGUGGUGACUUUUGGUGUGCUGGCACCUUUGAUCUGCCACCGGCUCCUGCACUCUUACUUCUACCUGCGGCGCUGGCACCUGAACUCCAUGAGUCGGGAGUUCCUGGAGCAGAACCAGCAGGAGGGCCAGGAUGCUCUCCGUUACUUUGAGAAGAUGCAGAUGCCAAACACUUCCGAGGCCUACAGCAGUGACACCUUCCAGCCCUUGCUGCUGAUCACCAUUAUCACUGUGCAGAGGCAGAAUGAUUUCCACUACGUCCUGCAAGUGGCCUCCCACUUCCACCGCCUCCUCCAGAAAUGUGGGGCACGUUGCCAGAGCCAUCGCAUGCUGCUCUGUAACGUGGAAUCGGAUCCCAGCAGCCAUCAGGAUGUCAGGCUGCUGAGCAGCCUCUUUCCUACAGUCAGUCGUGACAGAACUGGAGAGAAUCUUGACCCCAGCCUGAACCAGUUCGAGAAGGAGAAGCAGGACUACAUCUUCUGCCUGGAGAAGUCACUGUUGAUGUACAGCCCAGAGUACAUCCUCCUGGUGGAAGAUGAUGCCGUGCCAGAGGAGGAGAUAUUUUCUGUCUUGCAUCACCUCUUCUCGGCCCGGUUCUCCAAGCCCUACCUCAGAGAUGCUCUCUACUUCAAGCUGUACCAUCCUGAGAGGCUCCAGCACUACAUCAACCCUGAGCCCAUGAGGAUCCUGGAGUGGCUGGGCCUGGGCAUGUUCCUGGGGCCGGUGCUGAGCUGCGCGUACUGCCGGGCCGCGGGGCGGGCGGGCCCUGGCUGGAGCCUGGUGGCAUUCUUCGCCCUGUACAGCAUGGCGCUGUCGGAGCUGGUGGGGCGGCACUACGGGCUGGAGCUGCGCCGCCUGCACCCCGCGCUCUACAACGUGGCGCCAGCCAGCGAGUGCUGCACACCCGCCAUGCUCUUCCCCGCUGCCUCCGCCCGCCGGGCCUCGGCAUACCUGCGGGGGCUGCGCUGCCGCCGGGGCUUCGCCAAGGACACUGCCCUCUACUCGCUGCUGCGGGGCAAGGGCGAGAACGCCUUCGUGGUGGAGCCCAACCUGGUGCGGCACGUGGGGAUGUACUCCAGCCUCCGACUGAACAGCGACCCGAAACUGCUGUGAGCUGCUCCUGCCUUGCUGCACAACCACAACCACAACCAGCGCACUCGCCAUGGGGCAGAGGGACAGUUUCUUAACAGUACAAGUUUUCUUAAAAAAUCAGCUUUUGUUCAUGGAGACCCUAUUUAAUAUGAACUUGGAACUGAUGCAUCACCAUGCACUACCUGGGAGGGAAGUGGAGGAUUCCAGCUUACUCUCCUUAGCCAUUCCCAAAGAAAAGCUCUCACACCAACAUGCACGACUUUCCUGCCCACUCUUCCUGGACAGUGGUUACAAAAAUCCUCACCUUAGGGCAGCAAAAAUGUUGGACAAAGUGAAUGUUUCACAUUUAAGCUAAUGAGGAUGGGAAGGCCUUAUUUGCCCAUCCUUACUAAGGUCUCAUCUCUGACCUGUCUCUAUUCCAAAGCUGUGGUUUUGAGCAGACCCUUCAAAAGCAGAAGUGGUUUGCAGGAACUUUCCCACAAAUUCUGCCUAGUUUCUUUGAAGUUUUGAAGUCUCUUUAGCUACUGUCUCCCUAUCUGCACCUCCAACAUUUCCGCUUCAACCAGAGGCUCUUAAAAACAAAACCUCUGCUACUUCAUUAAGGGUCACCUCUGAGAGUAGGGAUCAGAAAACAGAAUCACAGCCACUGGUGUCACACAGAUAGGCCACAAAGGCACAUUUUCCAUUGAUACACAACACACAUUGUACACAAUGAUUGCUCUGUUGGUCGGGAUCAUCACUCGUUGUACUGGAUCCAUUAAAAGAGGUCUUGUCAGCCAUUGAGUGAACUUAGACAUUCAACAUGAAUUUACCUUGACUGUCCCUCAGCAGAGAGGCAAAGGAAAGAUUCAGUCAGGUGCUGCUUUGCAGGAUCCUUGUUCAUUCUGGAGCUGUAAUUCAUAGUUUAGCUGGAGUGGUUCAUUCACUGCUCCUGGCAGAAAGCAAAAUACCUGUGGGAAACAAAGACAGCUGUUCACAAGAGCAAGCAACAACAGCACAGCACAUCAAGGGCCACUCUGACACUGACCAUGUCUCCUGGUUGUUGGGCAUGUGGGAGAGGUACUUUGCACCAGGGCUGUGGGCACAGUUUAAUAGAAAACCUUGCAGAUGACAAGAGACUUCAUACUGAAAGAAAACAGGCAAAAAUUAGGUAUAUCUGAUGAAAAGCCUACUUUGGCUUUAGUUAGCUUUGAAUCAAAUUAAUUUCAAGGUGGCAUUUGGUUGAACUAUUUUAAAAACCAUAUUCCUUGCUUUGGAAUGAACCAAGAAAAUAUUUUUUGUUGAAUUUAAUCAGUGGGGGUUGUUUGGUUUUUUCUUUUUGGUAACGGACGGGCUCUGCUUUGGAUUUUCUUGUCCCAGCUCUCUCCCAGGUGAUUUAUGCCUUAAGCUCUCAAUAAGUCUGAUUGUAGGUGAGAAAUACCUAAAGCUCUUGAGAGAUGAAACCAAAGAAAAUGGCAACCCUCCCUCUAUCAGCACGGUGGGCAACAGUUACACAGCACAAAGGCACAGUGCAGGUUAGCUGAGAAACAGCAUCACAGCAGUGCUUUGCUCUCCAGUAAUCAGCUGGAUACCUUCAGAAAAAUCUUUGGAAAUUAGAGUGAGUAAAAACUGCCUGUGGGUUUCAUGCCAUUCCAAAGGCCUGGCCUUUAGGCCUUCUGGCAGAAGACACCAGGAAAAUGGCACAGGCAAAACCACAUUUUGUUCCCAGCCACUGGAAGCCCUGGAGAUGCCAGGGUAGUCACACAGUGGCAGGUGGGCAAAUCUCUCCUCUGGCUUCACUGCAGUGGGGUUUGGGUGUCAGGAUUUGAGUGUCACUGUGUAUUUAUUCCACCAAGUGCCUGCACAGACAACUGUGUCUUCAGCUGUGAAUGUUUCAGUGCUUCCUCUUCUCUCUUUUAUGUCCUUGUACUGUAAAAAUCCAGGACAGUGCUCUGUUCUUUCCAUUCAUAUUCAUUCUUGCAAAGAAAAUCUCACAGCAAGAAAUGGGACAGAAAAUGGAAAUAGGAAGAGGGGAAAGCAAGCAAGCAAGCAAUCAAGAAAGAAGCUGUAUCCAGUUAAUAAAUGUUUUGUCAAGGAAAUGAUUUAUCCAUUUGUCUCAAAGUUAUUUUCCUGUUUGUCCAGUAGUACUUAAUUUGACGUUUCAAAAGUCCAGGCGAGGUCAAUAAUUUCACUGAGUCUCGUAGCUGGAAAUUAAGAACAUGAAUUUGAGGCAUCCCUUCUAAACCACAAGACAAUUUUCAUGGCGUAAGAGGCGACAGAAUUUGACUGCGAGACCAAACAAUGUGCAGAGGGCCCAGGGCUUGAACUUGCCAGUGUGAGAGUUUCAGAUAAACCAGCUGAGAAGAAACUCCUUUGUGCAAGAAGCAGGUUAAGAAAUUCUUUAUGUCCUUCUGGGACAAUUUCCUAAAGUGCACAACUCACCUUCACAACAGAGGUGCUGCUUUGCUGAGCAUCAGGAAGCUGUUCUGAGUUACUCAGGUACUUGCACAGUGCCCAGCCUGCCAAUGGGGCAUCCCAGGAAAGGGCUCCUGCGGCUGCCUUCCAAUCUCCCAGAAGUAGAUUCAGUCUUGUUUCUCUUUUCUGUGCUGUAUGUUUUACUAGAAAUUAGAAGCCAGAGAAGUCAGAACAGAGAAUGGGAAGCUACUGUGAAUUCUUAAUUCGUGUUGGAUUUUGUUCUGCAGUUCAGGCUAAAAAUGCAGUAUUCAAACACCCAAAAGCCUUUUCCCUCUCUUUUCUGUGAGGGGAGUGGAGCUGAGCUGCCCCAUCUCAGACUACAGAAGUUCAAAGCAUGGUAUUAGCUUCCUGAAAUGUGGCCUUAAGAGCUUGGUUUCUUUCACUUUAAAUCAAGCUUAGUGACUUUUUGAAACAAAGAGUAUGGAUUUGCUUGGGUGUUGGUUUGUUUCCAAUAGUUUGGAGACAUCUUCAAUGCAGCAGCUGCUGCUUGCACAAGAGGAGUCUUUCUUGAUUGGCCAUCAGCAGGACCCAAGGCUUUACUGUCCAAGACAGUUCAGGAGGAGUUAUUAACUUAAACAAAAACUACGUUCAUUUCCAAAGUGUGUCCAACAUAAGCAUGGUGCAGGCAGAACACAGGGCAUAAAUUGACAGAUCUCAACUAGAUUAGAAACCCAAGAGGAUUUUCUACCUCCAGCAGGCAUCAAUGUCUUAAUGAGAAGGCACUGCAUUUGAAGAGAGAAAAGCCUUCCUUCCUGUGGUGAGGAGCUGUGAAUCACCAGAUUGGGUAUUUCAGCAGCAAUUUGUCUGAAUACAGGCUGAAAUGUUUGGUAGGGUGUUUUUUUGGGGAUUUUUUUUUUCUUUUUGCUUUUGGUGUUUUUUGAUUAGUUGGUUUUUGUUUUUUGGUUUUUUUUUAAACUAAAUUUAUUUACAAGCAAAC